CAACACACCAGAGCACCCACACGAUGAGAAAGAGAGAAGAAACUUCUGCUGGGAUCAGUUCCUCAAAUGCUUCUUCACUGCCAGGAGGCAAAACGGCAGCAGCCGCCAAUGCCAAGGGGCACAGAAGAGUGGCAGUCCCCUGGGAGCCUGGCACAGGCACAGACUGGCAUCUCCUUGGCAUCAUGUGGCUGGCUGGUGCCUCCUUGAUGGCCCACCUGAUCCUUGCCACGGCUACCUUGCUGGACCCACAGCAACUGUGCCUGAAACCAGCUGCCUCUCCCAAUGUGAUUGUCGCCUGGCCAGAUGGAAACGCUACCCUGCCCUGCCUGGAGGGGGAGCUAGAGAACAGCACCGAUGUCUACUGGAAAUUCGAGGGGCGGAAUCUAAGUACCAACCCCGCCAUCCAAGUUGUUCCGGGACCCAACCUUUUCCUGCCAUUGGUAUAUUUUAACAAUUCUGGUUCCUACAGCUGUCACAUCGGGGAUCGUCUCCUUUGUGCCUGGCGCCUGGUGGUAGAAGAACCUCCCAGGACGCCAGAUUUCUACUGCCACCGAAAGAGUUUAACCAAGGACAUUCUGUGUGAGUGGAGAACGCCACGUCCCAUGUCACUGCGCACCAAGGCCAAACUUUGGAUGCAAAAAGGGUUCUCAGGGGGAAAACACCAAGAGCAGCAGUGCCGCUACUACGCAAAGUCCCAGAAAUUUACCUGCCGUAUCCUUGGGCUGAACAAUGGGGAGGACAUCAUGCUGGGGGUAUCGAUGUGCGUCAUGAACUUGGCAGGCAAUGCAAGCAGCCACAAGUACUUCAACUCGGAGUCUCUGUUGAAGCCAGAUCCGCCGGCUGAUGUUGUGGUGCAUGCGGUAGAGAACGCUACGCGCCAGCUGCAAGUGACCUGGCGUUACCCGUAUUCUUGGGGUUCCACCUUCUAUCGCCUCCAGUUCCAGCUACGUUACCGAGUGGAAACCUCGCAAACCUACACAAAGGUUCACCUUCGCGAGGGCACUUCUUACACCAUCUCGGAUGCCUUGCAAAAUCUCGCUCACACUGUCCAAGUGCGAGGCCGUGAAGAAUUUGACCACGGAACCUGGAGCGAGUGGAGCCGGGAAAGCAUUGGGAUGCCUUGGACAGAACCCAAAGACCCUGAAUCCGAAUCCACAUCAUCUGUCUCAAAGACCCCAAGAGAUGAUCAUUCUCUGAGCACUCCUAAGCCUAGAACCCCUGGCUUUCCUAGAGAAAUUGAGAAACCCACAGAAAGUGACACAACUGUCCCUCUCCACGUUUUCCUCAUCAUGGCAGUGAGCUUGAUGUUGGUCCUCGCCUUGACGGUUGUUUUCGUUGCCCGGUACAGAAAAAGAUGUGGGCAGUCUGGAGAAGGCAAGCCAAGCACCGUACCAUCCUAUUCCCUGGCUGCGUUUCCUUCUGAGCUUCCUCUGAGCGCCUCCCCACUUCUCUCCCCUCCUGCCUCACCCUUCAGCGAGAGCUCUGUGGACAGCCCCCGCAUCCUGGAACAGGGACCGUAUGACAUCUCUAAUGCAGACUAUUUCCUGCUGCCAAAGUAAACAGCAAAAGUUGGGUCAGAGAAACUGUUUGGGAUCACAUUGUCCCAGGUCUAACACAGAAAGUCGAUGCAGUUCUUCCAGAAGGACCAUCAUGGUUGAGACCACCAUGCCUGCCUGGGUUCACCCCAUCUUGUCUGAUUUCAAAUGCUAAGCAGGGUCAGGCUUGGAUGGAGGCUGCUGGAGAUGACCAAGGAUCUCCAUGUAGGGCCAGGAAAGACUCCUGUCUGAAUCCUUGGAGAGUCAGUGCUCUGAGCUGAAAACAUUUGGCUGGACAGACCUAUGACUCGAUAACCACCAAAGAGUCCCUUCUGAGUGCAGCCUAUGCAGCUAUCUGGAGAGCUGUGGUGUUCCUAAGAGUAGCUUCAAAUGUGCCAGUGUAAAGGUGAUCUCAGAAGCCGCACUAAGGUGGGCCUGGUUCAUGCCUCCAAUGUUCUGUCGGCUAUCAGAAAGACAACACAAACCAGCAUAUUGCUGUUGUGGAGAAGUUAAACUUCCUUGAAAGUGAAGACAGUUAAUGUCAUCAACCCACAAAUGAGUACCAGCCAUAGCUAGGUACACAUGGUUCAGACAGGAGACCCUUCAUACUAUCCAGUUAUAGUGCUAUGAUUCCACUUUAACUGCCAUGGCCACAUCCAGGAGAGCCCUGGGAUUUGUAGUUUUGGGAGACAUGAGAAUUCUUUGGCUGAGAAUUCUAAGUCUCUUUCCUUAAAGUGCAAAUUGCAAGAUUCCAUGGGAUGGAACCAUGGCAGUCAGUGCGGAAUCAUAGCACUACAACUGUGUAGUAUGAAAGGGUUCUAGGUGAUCCAACCAAGUGUCAUGGGUCUUGACAUUUCCUUUGCCUCAGUCACUGUCAGAGAAAAUAGCUGGAGGAACUUUUCCUCGGAUUGACUCAGUUUCCCUCCAGGUAGCAAGCAGAGGAAGCCAAAUGCAUUUCAGAAGUCGAACCAGGGCAUUUACCUCUCCCUACAUCUUGAUUCGAAUGGAGUUUGUUACUUGACCUCAGAGAUUCCAUCACAAAGACUGGAAAUGAUAGCCAAAGAGAUGUGGGGCACCCAGAACGAUGGACAGCCUUUUCCCAUACAUGCUGGAGAAGAAUAUCUUUGAGCAGAGGUGUGCAAGUAUGUAUUUUCCCCCAAAAGGAGGAGUUAGUGCAGUGUGGCCUAUGGGCAGCAUAGGUCCCCUCAAACCCCUGGAAACCCUUGACCCCGAACUAAACAACAACAACACAACA